CCCCGAGGGGUCAGAGGUCGGCGGAUGGCGAAGAAGAACCCGCUGCUAGAGGCGGAGACCGAGGCUCCUAGGACUAUGGCGCCGCCGCAGCGCUGUACGCUGUGCCGCCAAACUUUCUUCUGUGGUCGCGGACACGUGUACAGCCGCAAGCACCAGCGGCAACUGAAGGGGGCUCUGGAGCGGCUCUUGCCGCAGGUGGAGGCCGCCCGCAAGGCCAUCCGCGCCGCCCAGGUGGAACGCUACGUGCCCGAGCACGAUCGACGCUGCUGGUGCCUGUGCUGUGGCUUCGAGGUGCGCAAACACCUGAGCCACGGAAACCUGACGGUGCUGCACGGGGGUCUGCUGGAGCACCUGGCCAGCCCAGAGCAUAAGAAAGCCACCAAUAAAUUUUGGUGGGAGAACAAGGCUGAGGCCCAGAUGAAAGAGAAAUUUCUGAUCUCCCCCCAGGAUUAUGCACGGUUUAAGAAAUCCAUGGUGAAGAGUUUGGAUUCCUAUGAAGAAAAAGAGGAUGAGGUGAUUAAAGAGAUGGCAGCUCAGAUUCGGGAAGUAGAACACAAUCGGCAGGAAGUGGUCCAAUCUGUCUUAGAGCCUCAGGCAGAGCCAGAACCAGAAGAGGGCUCUUCAGCACCUGCAAGCUGGAAAGGGAUGAACAGGACCUCAUCUGCCAGCCUGGCUCCUAUGUCUUUCAGCCAAGUAGCCUCCAGCUCAGAGCAUCUUUCACACUUAGACCUGCAACCUACUCCAGAGUUUGACUGGAUGGAAACAGGACAACCUCUAACAUUCAUUGGCCAUCAGGAUAUACCUGGAGUUGGUAACAUCCACUCAGGUGCCACACCUCCCUGGAUGAUUCAAGAUGAGGAAGAGAGCUCUGGAAACCUACCAAUAGGACCUUCCUAUGAAGAAUUCCUUAAAGAAAAGGAAAAACAAAAACUGAAAAAGCUUCCCCCAGAGAGAGUUGGUGCCAACUUUGACCACAACUCCAGCACCAGUGCAGGCUGGUUGCCCUCUUUUGGCAGAGUCUGGAAUAAUGGACGCCGCUGGCAGUCCAGGCAUCAAUUCAAAACUGAAGCGGCAUCAAGGAACAAAAAAGGAAAAAGCUGAAGGUUCCCAGCCUGAUGCUCUUCUGAUACAAGGUUCAGAAAGACACCCAAGAAAAAAAGUAUCCAUUCAUUUGAUUUA